UCCUCGCGCUUCAUCCGCCGCUGCGCGUGAAUGUGAUGAUGCUCGAGUGUUACAUUGUAGCGCUCAGUUCGUUGUCAUUCGUCUCCCGCCAUUGAUGAUUUGACUGGUGUAGACAAAUAACAGCCACAUCUGUCAGGUAGCGCUAAUAUCAGACGCUAAAAUAUUGAUUGUGUGUGGUGAGUCGGGUGAACAGUCGUAGCUCGACACGUAGAGAGACACAACAUGAUGGGUUUACAUGAAUUCAUAUGGAUGACCGGUAUACUGAUGGCGCAGGACCAUCCUUAACCUACUUACAAGGGAUUUGGGAUCGUGACGGUAGGUGAAGAUGGCGACGGGGACAGGGACGGGCUGGCAGCCGCUAUACAGCGCUGCUCCGGGCAUCAGUUCUCCCGCUGCUGCUGCUGCUGCUUCUGGGUCAGGCUCCAGUCCAUCAUCCACAUCCAGCCAUUUACUCUACGAAUCUGCGCUGACUAUGGAAUACACUCAAGAUCUGCACCUGAAGAUGAGUAAAAAAAUAGCACAGCUCACUAAGGUCAUUUACGCCCUCAACACAAAAAAUGAUGAGCAUGAAGAUGCCAUCCAAUCUCUGAAAGAGGUCCACGAUGAGGAGGUUCAGCACAUCCUGACCGAGGCUCGGGAAAAGAUCUUUCACUACAAGAGCAAGAUCGGGGACGAGGCCGACCUGAAACGGCGCCUGCAGUCCCUGGAGGAAUCUGUGGAGCUGCACGAACACAUGAAGCGCCAAGCGCUGGCCGAGUUUGAGAUGUACCGGCAGCGCGUGGAGGACUCGCAGCUGUGCACGGAGGCCCAGCACACACAACGUGUGGUGUCCAUGUCCCGUGAAGUGGAGGACAUGCGGCACGAGUUCGAAGAGAAGCUGCGCUCCUUCAGUCAGGUGCAAGCCCAGUUUGAGCAGGAGAAACGGCGGGCGUUGGAGGAGCUCAAGUCGGUCCACCGACAGGAAGUUCAGGAGCUGCUGGAAAGCCAGCAGAACCAGAGUGCAUCCUCCAGCCUGGAACAGGAGAAAUUGGCUGAGCUGCAUCGUACGGAGCUGGAGUCACUCAUGGAGCGCGUGGAGGAGCUGACGCAGGACAAAGUCCGGUUGGUGGAGGAAUACGAGGCCAAGCUAAGCAAGGCUCAAGGGUUCUAUGAACGUGAGCUGGAGGCCAUGAGACGGACCCAGCAGCUCACCACAGAGAACUUGCUGGCCUGGAGGAGGACGGAGGUGGAACUGAGGAAGGAGUUUCAGGUGCAGGAGUCGGCUCUUCAGAGGAACCUCUGUAAACUCCGUGCUGAACUCCACAGAGCUCAGGAUGAGGCGCGAGAGAGCAGGGACAAGACCAACAGACUGCAGGCAUCUCUUAAUAAUGCAGAAGUCACAAUUACGGAGUUACAUAAGCAGCUGGAAGAGGCCAUACAGGAUGGAGAGAUUUGGGUGAUGCAACUGAAAGAUACAGAAUAUGAGCUGGAGGGAAGCAGAGAUCGAGUUCAGCAGCAGGCCAAUGAAAUCCUUCACAAAGCCAGUCAGAUAGGCUCUCUUCAAGCGACCCAAAUGAGCCACGAGGCCACUAUCAGGGACCUGGGCUCCGAGCAGAACCGCCUGAAGGAGAAGAUCCUACAGCGAGAGGAGGAGAGAGAGAGACUUCAGAAACAGAUUCAAACAGUGGAAGAACAACAGCAUCAGAAGAUCCUCAACCUGGAGAAGUCGCUUUGUGAGGAAAAGCAGAACUAUGAAAUGGAGCUGGCGCGAAUCAGGGCCAAAUACGAGGAGGAAACGGCCUGUCUGAAAGAAAGCCAAGCAGAAUCCUUAGAGGAACUCAAGGAGAAACACCGAGUCCAGCAGGAAGGGGCUCGCAGUGCCGCAGAGAGAGAGAAGAACCAGUUGCUCAGUGAGAUGAGACAACAAUUUGAUAUCCGGCGUCUGUCGUUGGAAGAGCAGAGAAACCACCUGCAACAACAACUGGAGACCAUACGAGAGGAACUCACUACCAAGCUCAACAUGGCCAACCAAGAGGUGUCUCAUUUGAAGGAUCUUGUGAAGGAGAGUGAAAAAAAUCUUGAUACUGCUGAGAACCACAUCUCCUGUCUUAAAGACAGCCAAGAAAAGCUUUUUAUUGAGCUGGACGCCACCAGGGCGAGAGUGAGAGAAACGAGCAACCUGCUCACGGAUCUACAAGAGGAGAUAGAGACCCAGAAACAGCAACAUGAAGCUAGGGUCAUCGCUAUCAAAACAGAGGAGAAACAGAAAAUGGACAAAAUCACAAAGGAGCUGGAUCUCAAGUGGACCGAUGCUCUGAGGGCUGAGCUGAAGGGUCUUCGGGAAGAGCUCACAGCUGAACAUCAGGCAGAGAAACAGGUGGCCCUGACACAACUUUCCCAGCAGAGAGACCUGGAGAUGAUGGCAGCCAGGGAGAGCUGGCAGAGGAAAGUCGAGGACCUCCUAGAACAGGUAACGGAGGGUCACAGAGGUGACAUUUUGUCGUUUAUUCCUGUUGUCUACAUUUAAUAUUUUACAGGUAUA